AUGAUGCAGACUCUUAGUGAGGCAUUGUUGAACAACAACCACCCCGUGCCACCUCCUCAACCUGCCGGGCACAGGGACAUGGGUCGUUUGGUGUCGGGUCACAGACCACCGACCUUCGCGGGUGAAGAAGACCCGGUUGUUUUGGAGGAGUGGAUGAGAGCGUUCGAUAAGAUCUUCUCGGUUGUGGGUUGUCCCGAGGAGCGGAGGGUAGAGCUGGCAACGUUCUACUUCUGUCACGAGGCUGAUCUAUGGUGGAUUCAUGAGGGACCUGCCUACCUUGAGGAGCCUGAGUUCGAUUGGUCUGCACUUAAAGAUAGAAUGCGCGAGAGGUUUUAUCCAGCACAUCUCCGCGCCGCGAUGUACGAGGAGUUCCUCCACCUUCAGCAAGGAUCUCUGUCAGUGGUCGAGUACCACAAGAAGUUUCUUGAGUUAGCGCGCUUCACUCGGAUGCUUGUGCCUACAGAGCUCGCCAAGGUUGAGAAAUUCAUUGCUGGCUUGAAUUAUGAGGCACGAAAGGCCUUGACCGUGAGUAGGCCGAGUUCUUUGAAGGAUACUUAUGUGAGUGCCGCGGAUCUGUAUCGCGUUCAGUAG